GGCGAGCGGGGGAGGCGGGAAGAGCGGCGCGGGCGCUCCGAGGUGACGGUCCCGGGGUUGCGGGCGGCCGGCCGGCCGUUGCUUCAGCCCUGCCCCGACGCGUCGGCCCGCUCUCGGCCGCCCCGGCUGUAGGCCCGGCUGGGAAUGGGGCGGGAGGCUCCGGGAGGGGGCAGAGCUCCUCGGGGCUGGGGAGGACGAGGAGGGGAAGGAGAGGAGUCUCGUUGGUGCGGCGGUCGCUUCCGCGCGUGUUGCGGGGCGCCGCGGCUGCUGCGUGCCGGGCCGGGUGCUGCCCCCGCCGGGGCGCUGCGCUUCUCCGGUGCAGCUGCGGGCUGCCUGCCGGGGGACCCGCGCGUGGGCUGCUCCGAGGGGCGCGAGGCGGUCGUAGGCGGCGUUGCGGUGCUUGCGACGCCCCUGAGGUCUCGCUUAGCGAGGGAUGAGAUGGUCGCUCUGGGCUCAGCCCGGUGUCCCGCUGUGGUUCGGCUGUGGCAGAGGCUCCGUGGGGUGCCGCGGUGUGACGCUUCUCGGACAGAGCCCGAGCGAGGACAGAACCCUCCGUGCCAGAGCUCCUCGUUCUUACUUCCUUUCUGUUAACCUUUCAGCUGGAUGCUAACAACUCCCACGCUGCGGUGGGAAGGAAGGAGUGCUUCCUCGCCUGUUGAAGGUGGGGAGCGUGCUCUGAAUGGAGCUGGAGAGCCCGUGCCCUUCAAAGACCCACGUGGCUCACAGGACCGGUUAGGGUCAGCAGGCGGUGGAGCGGCUCUGUAGCUGCUCAGGGUGUGGGCUGUCAGUGGGUGAAUCCCUGGGGCAGCCCGGUGUGCCGGUGCUUCUCCCCUCUGCCUGUCUGUAGGGUGAUCAGAGCGAGCCAUUCCUCCCACGUGAGAGGAUUUAGGGCGUCUCAGCAGCAUAAGAGCAGAAGGGUUGAAGUGGCCGCUUUCCUAUGGUUUCCGUGUCCCGGUCCUGUGCUGUUGUAGUGGGAGGGCAGGAAGGUGGAAAAAGUCACAUUAUCACCGUGGCUGGCUUGCUUUUACAGGUGAGAGGGUUGUUCUCUGCCGUAAUGGCAGAGAGCCGAUAGAAAGGGACUCGAUCCCGCUGUGAGGUGUUGUUCUGGUGCCUGGUGCUCUGUGUUCUCCAGGUGAAGGCUUUUCUAUAAGCUCACAGCAUUGUAAUUCCUACAUCAGCCAGUUGAGAAGCUUGUUUUUGUGGUUUCCGUUUCUAUAGCAUGUAGCCUGAGCUGGCUGUGACUUCGUGACGUGGGGCUGAACAGGAGCACUGUCCCGCAAGGAAUGGUUUGUGAUGGGUCGGUGUUUCGCUUGGUGUUGCAGGAGCUUUUUCUGUGUGCUGUGUGCCCAAAGAAUGGCAGACCCUGUGCUAGAGGAACAAAUGCAGGAAGCUGACUCCUGGCACCAUAUGAUCAUAAGAGUCCGGUUUCCCUUUUGUGGAGGUGUCUGUCUCAGUUUUCUGAGGAAAUCCAUUUUUACUGACUCUCUGACUUCUUUUUUCCAGCCUAGCUGCGAUAGAUCGGGUGUUCCCCAAUGGCUGUCAGCUCUGACACUGGCUGUGGUCUUUGUCAUUGAAUCUGGUGGAGUUCAAACCAGAUUUUCUCUUCCUGUUUGUUCCCUGUUUCGCAGCACAGCCGUUGUCUGGCCAGACAAAGUACAAGGAUCCAUUGAGGAAGCUGCUUUUUCAGCAGCAAUGGCAGGUGAAGACUGUGUAAGAAAACGCCCGUCUGGCUCCACCACAACCUACAAGAGCCCCGAGAAUGAAGAGAUGCAGAGGAGACCCGAUGGCGACAGAUCCUUUCAGAACUCCAGCAAUGGCCGUGUUGAUGUGGACCAUGUGAUAACAAGGAAGAUGCAGCUAAUAGCAGAAGCUGAGCAACUGAAACCAGUUUUCAUGAAGGAGGUGGACAGUCACUUCACAGAGUUUGUGAACAGUUUGGUGGCAAAGUCAGCACUCCUGGAUUCCUCAUCUUCAGCUUCCCUCUUCCCAGCUUCCUGCUCUGAGAAGGAGCUACACAAAGCCAAGGCCUUGAGAGCCCCUCCAGAACACGGGAAGAUCUUCACUGCCAGAAGGUCCCUCUUGGAUGAGCUGUUUGAAGUGAGUCACAUCAGGACAAUCUACCACAUGUUCAUCGCCCUUCUCAUCGUCUUCAUCCUCAGCACGCUUUUAGUAGACUUCAUUGAUGAAGGAAGGCUGGUCCUUGGGUUUGAUCUCUUGGUCUACGUUUUUGGAAAGUUUCCGGUCGUCUUCUGUACUUGGCUGUGCAUGUUCUGUGCCACGGUUAUCAUUCCAUACAGCCUUUUCUCCCAGUGGGCCCAAGGUUACUGCAGUUCCUCCCAUCGUGUAAUCUACUCUCUCUUCUAUGGAACGUUGUUCACUCUCUUCCAAACGGUUGGCCUUGGGAUUGGGCCAACUUAUGUUGCUAUAUCAUAUGCCCUGCCUCCAGCUUCCCGUUUUAUUGUAAUACUGGAACAGGUUCGUCUUGUUAUGAAGGCUCACUCAUUCGUCCGUGAGAAUGUACCCAGAGUCCUGUCUUCUGUAAAGGAGAAGUCUAGCUCAGUACCUAUUCCUCGAAUUUCUCAAUACUUGUACUUCCUCUUUGCUCCCACCCUCAUCUAUAGAGACAACUAUCCCAGGAAUCCUAUGGUAAGAUGGGGCUACGUAGCUACCAAGUUUGCACAGGUGCUUGGUUCACUUUUUUAUGCCUACUACAUCUUUGUGAGGCUCUGCAUUCCUCAGUUUCGCAACAGUAGUCAAGAAACCUUUAAUCUUCGAGGGCUGGUCUUGUGCAUCUUCAACUCCAUUCUGCCAGGGGUACUGAUUCUUUUCCUGGUGUUCUUUGCCUUCCUUCACUGCUGGCUUAAUGCGUUUGCUGAGAUGAUGCGCUUUGCAGAUAGGAUGUUCUACAAGGACUGGUGGAACUCCACAUCCUAUGCAAACUACUACCGAACUUGGAACGUGGUAGUGCACGACUGGCUCUAUUACUAUGCCUACAGGGACUUCCUCUGGUUUUUUGGCAAGAAGUUCAAAGCUGCAGCUAUGCUGUCCGUCUUCACAGUAUCGGCUGCUGUGCAUGAAUAUGUUCUGAGCAUCUGCUUCGGCUUCUUCUACCCAGUUCUCUUUUGCCUGUUUAUGUGCUUUGGAAUGCUCUUUAACUUCAUCCUUAAUGACCGCCGGAAGGGGCCUAUCUGGAACGUGAUCAUGUGGACAUCCCUCUUUUUGGGCCAAGGUGUCAUCAUCUGCCUCUACAGCCAGGAGUGGUACGCCCGCCAGUACUGUCCUGCAGAAAAUCCUGCGUUCCUGGACUACUUAAAACCUCGCUCGUGGUCAUGUCACGUGCAGAUGUAAAAACUUGUAUGCUCUGGCCAUGCCAUCACAGAAGAACAGAGUUUCCUCCACGUAUUUGGACCACUGACUAAUUCACUGCGGACUUUUUCUGAGGGAAUUUUUGCCUCCUGAUUAUUUGGGAGAAACUGUAACUUUUUAAAACAGUACUGAGGCAACCCAGUUGAACUGGAUUGCACCAGGCUUCAUAGGCAGCAUCCAUUAUGUGCUGUCCCCCUUUGAGCCAUUUCCAUGCCAGUGAAACAUUAUGCUGAAGGUGGAAUCUACUGGAAUCCUACUCGUCCAGGGGUCCCCCAAGUGGCUGCUCUUCUGGGCAAUAGUCCAGUCAGAUUUGUUAGUAGCUCAUGGUUGGCUUCCGUCCAUCUUCCUCGGUCACCCCUUUGCAAUUUUUUUCUCCUUUUUGGUAAUGGGAUGUCUACAUAACUUCUAUUCUUUGUGAUCUUGUCUGUUGCUAUGCCACAGACAAGUGACGGAGCAACAAGUUAUUUGCCUCCUUGCUGUGAAAAUAGCCAAAGCAUUCCUGGAUGGCUUUGAACUGCAUUCUAUGUACGAUGGCUGCCUAGAGAUAUCAAAUGGGCAGAGGAAGAGGGUAUUUUUUUUGUGGCGUGUUGGAGAAUCAGCUCUUUCUAUGUUCAGAAGCAGGGCGCAGUGUGUGAAGUUCGUCUUUCUUUAAAUGGAAAACUUAGGUUUUCUCUGUAUUCAUUAAGUUCAUAGCUGACUUGACAGCAUUUUUUUCUUCUGAAAGCCCUUGUGACUUGAGGAAUAGAUUUUCUUGUAGCUCUUCCUUUCUGUUGCUUACAGAUAAUCAGAUUUUUUUAACACGGUUUACUUAAAAGAGCUUUUUCUUUUAAUUUGGCAGAUGCUUUAAGGUAUACGAAUUAAGGCUUUCUGUAGUGAGAAAGAUUUGAAAUACUAUGACUGAACUGUAAGAAAAUGUGAUUGACUUUACAGGUACAUAGUGCUUUCUCAUUUGAGAUGGCUGUGUUGGGUUCUUUUACCAGCAUGUCACGGUGCCCCUUGCCAGCAGGUACUGUAGCAGUCUCUAUCACUGUCAGUGGGGAAUUAGGGUUGACCCAGCAGCUGGAGUCAGAGCUGCUUUUGCAUCUGCCUGUGUCUGCUUUUGUCAGUGAGAUUUUUUUUCAGGUGAAGAUCAGUUUUCUAGGUAUUGCUGUACUACUUCUGAAGAGGUAGGACAGGUAGGACAUCUUCCCAUAGACACCGCUAAAAGGAGAAGCUUAGUGAAUUUGGUCUUUCAGUAUGUAUUUAUAACAGCAGCUAUCCUGUCUGAAUUAGGCAGAGCCCCUUCAGUUUCCUUGCUCUGUCAGAUGUUAAGCACAGAAAGGAACUUAGAUAGGAUUUGGGUAUAUAUCUGUUCAGUUUUUCUGAAAUUGCAGCUUCCAUUAUUGGAGAAGGAGGGUAACCUGCUAGUUUCUUUAACUGUUGUCACCUUGACUUUGGUCAUAGGGAUUCUCUUAAUUACUCAAAUGUUCUUAAUUGACACCUCUCAGCAACAGCUUUCCCUUACUAACCUACAGCCCAGGUAUUAAAUACCAGCAGUAUUGGACCUGUGAACCUGUCUCCCACUUAAAUGUCUUUUGGGCUUCUGUUUUUAUUAACCUGAGUCAAAAGUAAAUUCAUGAGAGCUAGGUGAUGCUUAAACUCUUCCAACUUUUGAAAUGGCUGUAAGAGGAAAUGCUGUGCUUCAGAAGGGAUGUUGUCAGGUCAAAUUUGCCAAAUUGCAGACUUGCAUGUCUCUCCUCUAAAAACAUCUCCUACCAGAACUUGUCUGAAACAGUUGAGUUGGCUGCAGAGGAAGGAGUUUGUGUAUGUAACCAAACUUGGCAGUAUUAGUAUACAAAAUCCCAAGAAUUAAAUACAUUACUUUCACCUUGUUCAGCUUAAAUACUAAGUCCUUCUUUCCCUUUCUGCUUUGAGAGGAAGGUAUAGAAGUGCAGGAGCAAGUAAACAGUCACUCUCAAAGCUUCCUUCUUUAAAACACAAGGAAAGCAUGAACAAAAGCAAACACACUCUUUGGCCAAACAGCUCUAUCACUUGCUUAAUACAGGAUAGAAUUCAGUUUAAUACUUCAGAGUUGGUGCUUGAAACAUGUAUGUACACAUAUGAUUGUACUCAAACAGUGUGAUGGUUUUGGAACUCAAUUUUUUUUCUUCUCGAUGCCUGUCUUGCUACUAUCUCAGUGUUCUGAAAAGGGAGAAAAUCCUGGCACUUUGUGCCAAGUUGUAGUGUUGCCCUUGCAGCUGGCAUUGUGUCAUAUCCCUAAUGAAAAAUAUCAGCA